CAACAUGGCGCCGCGUCAGAAGCUCUGUCAGAUUUAAACAUCAACUAACGAAGUUCAAACAGAUAACAUUAAUAUUGUACAAUUAAUAUAAACAGUAACAGGAGCGUAGACUCAUUAUUUACUGUGGAUUGUGUUGCAAAGAGAAGAUCAGCAGGACAAGAGUAAAAAAGGCUGUUGGUUUAUGGGCUCCCAGUCCAGUUCUGGCAUGUCCGGUCGCGGCUCGAGUGGAAACCCGGACCAGUCAGAACCAGAACAGAACCAGAACCAGACCCCGAACCAGACCCAGAACCAGACCCCGAGGAGCCGUAGGGGGACCGAGAGAGCGUCAGCAUCUGAGGAGGACGUGGAUUUAGCUCAAGUGCUGGCGUACCUACUAAGGAGGGGCCAGGUCAGACUGGUCCAUGGCAGCGGAGCAACUGGUCUACAGCUCGUCCAGUCCAUCUCUGACUCGGACGAGGACAGUGAUGGAGCGUGGGAGGGGCGGCUAGGACAUCGCUACGAUCCUCCAGUGGAUUCUCACCCCGACACUCAGGAACUGGACCGCAGUGAGAUUAGAACUCAGAUCCUGCUGGCCACCGCAUCAUCACACCCCAACCACAACCAGAGCUUCACACACAUGCUGAAUCAGCGUGAGCGGGGUCGCUGUAGUGGAUCCAGUUUCUCUCAUGGCGAGUGCAGCCGAAUUCGCUCACACUUCCUGCCCAACUUCGUGGUGCACAAGGACACGUAUCAGCAGAAAGCGUUCUGUGGCGUGUACAGCGAGGAUGGAAACCUGUUCCUCUCUGCAUGUCAAGAUCAAAAUAUCCGUCUGUACGACACCAGUCGAGGUCGGUUCCGUCUGAAGCGGACGGUGAAGGCCAGAGACGUGGGCUGGAGUGUGUUAGACGUGUGUUUUACUCCCGACGCACGCGCCGCCCUCUACUCCAGCUGGUCUGAUUAUAUCCACGUGUGCAGUUUAGACGGAGAGAGUGAAACCCACACCGCCCUGGACCUCAAUCCUGAAGAAAGAAGGUUCUGUGUGUUCUCACUCGCAGCGUCUACAGACAGCAGGGAGGUUCUGGGCGGAGCUAACGAUGGGUGUUUGUACGUGUUCGAUCGCGAGCUGAACAAACGGACUCUGAAGAUCGACGCCCACGAAGACGACGUGAACGCGGUGGCGUUCGCCGACGCUUCCUCCCAGUUGCUGUUCUCGGGCAGCGACGAUGCGCUGUGUAAGGUCUGGGACCGGCGCACCCUCAGAGAGAGCGCACCUCAACCUGUCGGGGUGUUAGCGGGUCACCGGGACGGAAUCACCUUCAUACACAGCAAGGGUGACGCCCGCUAUCUGAUCAGUAACUCGAAGGAUCAGACCAUUAAACUCUGGGACGUGAGAAAGUUCUCUCCUAAAGAAGGUCUAGCAGCAUCACGCCUGGCCGUCACCCAGCAGAACUGGGACUACCGCUGGCAGCAGGUUCCUCAGAGAGCUCUGAAGAGGCACAAACUGACCGGUGAUACGUCGGUGAUGACGUACAGGGGUCACGGCGUUCUGCACACGCUCAUCCGCUGCCGUUUCUCCCCCGAGUUCAGUACAGGACAGAAGUUCAUCUACAGCGGCUGCUCCACUGGAAAAGUCAUCAUUUACGAUGUUCUGACGGGGCAGGUCGUGUCCAAACUGACGGGGCACGAGGCGUGCGUGAGGGACGUUAGCUGGCACCCGUAUCAGGAUAACCUCAUCAGCAGCUCUUGGGACGGAGCAGUUCAGGUUUGGGAGCAUCGACACAAUCACCUGCUGGAUGAGGAGAGAGAACGGACGACCCAGUGGAGGAAAGAACAAGAGGAGAAAUGAACACACACACACUCACACUCACACUCACACACACACACACACACACACACACACACACACACACACUUUAUAUAAGUUCUUCUGCUUCCUGUACAGCUGGAGUGUUAGUGAUAAUAAUGAUGGCGAAGGUUCCUGCAGUCCCAGUGUGAGAUAAUGAUUGAUGUGUUCAUGCUGUGUGAUGUAGAACGUUCUCCUCGUGACAGACCCUCAUGCUUCUCUGUGUGUGUGUGUGUGCUGGAUUAUAUAUGUUCUAUAUGAUAGAGGAGAUGGUGAGAUGAUUGAGUAACGUUUCCUCCUCACAGCGACUCUGUUCAUUCUUUUAUCUCCUCAAUUAAAAAUCUUCUUCAUUCUUCAA